UCGGGGACUAACGCAUGCCAGCAGCACCGAGGGCUCCCCUCUUGAGGAAAAAAGAGAAACUUGCCACAGUGGCGGCCAGUCACCCUGGCUUGUCCCUGAUGGAAUUAGAAUGUGACCUCAACGGGUUGCGAGGCCGGGCAGCAAACGGGGAACUUAACGGCAGUGUGGAGCAAAUUUCCAUCGGGUCUUCACCAUGCAGUUCUCCGCACAGAAACCAAAGCAGAUAGCCUAUUUGUGUGCAAUGGAAAAAGCAGCAUCACGUCAAAUAACACAUGACGGGAUUGUUUUGGAUAUAUCGCGCAUUGAGUCGUGAUUGACCACUUUCCAGGGAAAUUGAAGAGAAAAACUUGACCGGAGGCUAUGGCUUCGAGUUCUGGUAAAUCGACGAAUCCACCUACCGGUGCUUGCAACGGGACUGCUGCAGACUUCACCAGCGUAGAGCAGGAACUGUAUGACUAUCAGAUGCACACGAAAAUGUGCAAGAAAAUAGCGCAGCUUACCAAGGUGAUAUACUCGCUGAACACUAAGAAUGAGGAGCAGGAAGCCACGCUGCAGUCACUCCGCCGCAUCGCCACGGAGACCCAAGGCAGCCUCCAGCCGGCUGCGGAAGGCGAGGAAGGGGAGGAGUACGCCCUGAGGACGCGGCUGCUGGAGCUGCAGGCCUUCGUGGAAGAGGAGCAGAGGAAAGGGGAGCAGGCACAGGCAGAGUUCGAGGUGUUUCGGCUGCAGGUUGAAGAGAGAGACCUGCGCUCCCAGGAGGAGCAUGCAGAGAGGCUGGCCCUGCUGACCCAGGAGGCUGCGGAGCUGAGGAGGGACCUGGAGACCCGGCUCCACAGCCUGGAGGAGGAGCGGGACCUCGCCCGCAGCCAGCUGGAGCAGGCCAGGGAGGAGAGCCAUGCCCUGGCCCAGCAGUGCCAGGAGCUGCAGAGGGAUCGCGAGGAGGACAAGAAGAACGCCGAAGAGGAGCGGAAGAAGAUGGCGGAGGAGGAGGGCAAGCGGGCGGUGGAGGAGAACGAGAGGAGGGUGCUCGCCCUGGCGGAAGAGCUGAGGCUGCUGAAAGAGGAGAGGGAGGGGUGGGAGGAGGAGAAGAGGAGAGUGGAGGACGAGUGGGAGAGGCGGAUGCGGGAGGUGAGGGAGACGCACGAGCAGGAGCAGGCGGCCACUAAGAGGUCCCUGCAGCAGAACCUGAGCGAGCAGAUCAGCCAGUGGCAGCAGAAGGAGCAAGAGAACCGCAAGUCCCAGCAUGCCGUGCUGCAGCAAAGGCUGAGGAAGAUCGAGGGGGACCUGGAGAUAAGCGAGCAGAGGCUGAACGAGAGCAAGCGACACUGCCAGAAACUGCAAGACAAGAUUGAGUACCUGGAGGAGCAGGUGGAGGAGAGCAGGCACCGUGUGCUGGAGUCAGAGUCCGGGGCCAAGAAGGCAGAGGAGGAGCUGGCAGUGGCCAAGGAGAGACUACUGCUCCAGGAGAACGAACUACAGAAGAAGUCAGAGGAGCUGAUGACCCAGAGUUCCUCUCAGGUGAAGGUGUCGGCCGAGGUGGAGGAGCUGAGAGCGCAGCUGAGCCGCCUCAACCUCCGCAACAAGGAGCUGGAGCUGCAAAGCAACGGCCGCAGCAGUGACCACGCACGCAUGCUGAAACAGCAUGCAGACACGCUGGCCACCAUGCGCCUGGAGCUGCAGCGGGCCCACGCGGAGGAGGUGCAGCGGCUGCGGCAGGAGGUGGAGAAGGAGAAGGAGCAGGGCCGCGAGGAGGUGGAGGAGGAGAAGAGGGGCGUCCACCAGCACAUGGAGGAGGAGCGGCGGCGUCUCCGCGAGCAGCUGAAGCGCGCCCUGGAGGAGGUGAUCCGCAAGCACGCGGCCGAGAUGCGGCAGGCCAACGCUGCGCUCGACGCCGAGAAGAAGCGAGGCCAGCAGGAGCUCCUCACCCAGGCAGAGGAUCUGAGGAAGAGGAGUGAGGAGGAGAGGCGGAGCCUGGAGGUGGAGAGGGACGAGCUGAAGGCACGUCUGCAGCUGUCAGUGUCCGAGAUCUCCCGACUGGAGGAGGCGAUAAGACAGAAGGAGCGCGAGCGAGAGAAGGAACGCGAGCAGGAGAUGGAGCGAGAGAGGGAUCGAGAGCAAGAGAGGGAGAGGGAGAGGGAGAGCCGCGAGGCUGCAGCACAGCAGCGCCCGGUGUGUGGCAUAGAGUGUGCCAUGCUGAGGGAGCAGCUGGAACAAGCACACACCGCUAUAGAGCAGAUGCAGGCGGAGGUGGAGGAGCAGAGGGCUAGACUGCAGGGCAAGGUGGCGGCCCUGCAGAGCGAGAGGGAGAACCUCGAGCAAAAACUUGUGGAACAGUCACAGCACAACUUGGAGGAAAAGAUCAGGGUGCAGUAUGAACAGCGGUUUGCAGAGAAGCAUCGCUCUGCUGUGUGUGAGCUGCAGAGGGAGAGAGAAGCAGAGAUCAGAGAGAUCACUCAGCACUGGCAGAGCAGAGUGGAGGAACUGCAGACACAGCUGGAGGAGAGAAGGAGGGACUCGGGCUCCUCCGAGGGGGUGAGGGAGGAGUGGAAGGGGGAUGCGGAGAUGGACCGGAUGAAGCAGGAGAUCCAGAAGACUCGGGAGCUGAACAGCACGCUGCGGGCGCAGCUCCACAACACCAUCCAGGAGAAGGAGAGGCUGAUGCGCAGACAGCAACUCAAGGUGGUGAAAGAGGAGGAUGAGGACGAGGUGGAGCAGGAGAAGAAGGGAGGAGGAGGAGGAGGAGGAGGAGGAGGAGGCAAGGAGAGAGACGCGGCGGAGGAGGCCGGGUGGCAGGAGCAUCACGAGGAAAUGUUGCGCGCGGAGCGGCAGACGCAUCAGCUGGCGGUGGCGGCCCUGGAGGCCCGAGCGCAGGAGGAUCUGCAGGCGGAGAGGCAGCGGCUGCACACACAAUCCAAGCUGCAACUGGAGAAGCAGAAGGCUGAGCUGACCCAGCAGCACACUGAGUGGGUACGGCAGGUCACACAGCGACACAUGCAGCAGAUUGAGGACCUGCAGGCUGAACUACGCACACACACAGAAAUGGUAGCACUACAACAGGACCUGAAGCAGCAGAACCAGCAGCAGUCGUACGAGCGCCAGCUGGACGAGAGCCGCAGCGAGGUGCAGGAGGUGCGCCGGGAGAACACGGAGCUGAAGGAGCGCCUCACCGUGCUGGCGGAGGAGCGCGAGAGGGAGCAGCGCGAGAGGCGGGACACGCCCACCGCCACGGCCACGGCCACGGCCACCGCCCCAGAGGAGCACCGCUACUCCUCCAGCUCAUGGGAAGAUCAGGAGAGAGGCAGAGAGGGAAGAGAGGAGAGAGAGAAGAGCAGGCGGCAAGACGUGGACAGCGUGAGGAGGGAUCACAGGAGGGAGAUGCAGAAUCUGAUCACCGCCCAGACACGCCUACAAGCCCGCAUCGUCGCCCUGGAAACAGAGUUGAGAGAACGCGAGGAAAGGAGCAGGAGGAGAGAGCCACGGCUGGAGGACCUGCACACCAUCUCCAAGCUCCAGGACAAGCUCAGCGAGAGAGACCAACUCAUCAAGAGACUGGUGGAUGAACGUCAUCAUCAAUCCCAGCACCCCUCCUCUGGUAAUGGAAGUCUGAAGCACUAUGACAGCAAGACACACAUUGGGAACGUGACACCCACGGCAAAGAAGAAAGCUGCGGAGGAGACCCCUCCCCGCGUCACCAGCGUCCCAAAUCUGAGUGCCUGUGAGAGGGGGUACCUAAGCACAGAUGCCGGCGCAUCCUUGCCUUCGCAGACAGCACGUUCGCCUAGCUUUGAGCAUGCCUCUCGGGGUCUACCCUUGUCCCGCACCAGUACCCCGAACUCGGGCUCGACUCUGACACCCAACCCGUCCCCUGGCCAGCGGCAUGGCCGAUCGCCCCCGCAGGAGCACCUGAACUACACACAUAUGAGGACCCCGACAGAGCAGAGAGUGAUUGAGACGGCACCCCCGGAUGGACAAGACCCGCAGAGACAAGAAUGGUUUACUAAAUACUUCUCUUUUUGAAGACAUCUGCCCAAAAAAGCUGCCCUUAUUUAUGCCUGAUUAUAACUAUAUACAACGCUCGGCGUGUUAUGAAUAAGCUCAAAACACCCUAGAGUUACCUCAACAGCAGUUCAAGGUUAUGUACCAACACACACACAAUUUAUUUAUGGGAUUGUGUGUGUGUGUGUAUGUAUGUGUGUGCGUGUGUGUGUGUGUGUGUGUGUGUGUGGGUGGGUGUGUGCGCGCGCGCGUGCACGCUCUUAAGUGUGAGUGCAAGUGUUAGUGUCUGAAAGAAGCCAAACAUGCCAAUAUCAUGUGACUAAUAAUAAAAAUACUUUAUUUUUAA